AUGCGGUUUGGUAGGAAGGGUAAGAUUAACCCUCGUUUUAUUGGCCCUUAUGAAAUUGAGAGAAGAGUUGGGAAGGUGGCUUACGAGUUGAGGUUACCAUAUGGGAUAGCUAUAGUGCAUCCUGUGUUUCAUAUUUCGAUGUUGAGGUUGUAUAAAUCGGAUCCCUCCCAUGUCUUGACUCAUGAAGAGAUUGAAAUCAAUGAAGGAUUAUCUUAUGAAGAAGAAGCUGUGCAAAUCUUUGAUCGACAAGUUAGAAGGUUGAAAACAAAAGAUGUAGCUUCGGUUAAAGUCCUGUGGCGAAAUCAUAAUACCGAAGAAGCAACUUGA